AAUCCGCGUCGAUUAUCCUGAUUCCCUUUGAAAUCGAUUGACGAUCGAUUAUGAGCAUCGAGGGUAAGAUCGCUCUUGUCACCGGUGGAGCGAACGGGAUCGGGUUCUGCACCGCUAGGAAGCUCCUACGAAAUGGGGCGAAGGCGGUGGCUCUGUUAGACUUGGGAGAUUCCGGUGGCGAAAGCGCAGCUGCCGAAUUGAAUAACGAAUUUGGAAAAGAUCGCGCGAUUUUCGUGAUCUGCGAUGUCUCGAAGAACGAACAAUUGAAAGAAUCAUACAAGAAUGUUAUCGACACUUAUGAAAACUUAGAUAUUGUCGUAAAUAUUGCUGGAAUUAUGGAUGACGCUGAUUGGGAGAUUAUGGUUGAUGUUAAUUACAAAGGUGUGGUUCAUGGUACAAUUUUGGGAUUACAUACCAUGGGGAGGUACAAGGGUGGAAACGGCGGAACCAUAGUAAAUAUGUCAUCUGUGGCUGGUCUCGAGGGUAUCCCCAUUGCACCCAUUUAUGGUGGGACCCAGUACGCGAUUGUUGGAUUUACCCAAUCAUUAAAGCAUUAUUACGAAAAAACUGGCAUUCGUAUGCUAACAAUAUGUCCUGGACUCACUACCACAGCUAUGGCUGCAAGAUUUAUGUCGACGAAAGAGCAUGCCAUGGAUCUUCUCGACGAAGAAACUGCGGCUAUUGCGAUGCAGAGUAUGCAGAAACAACCACCGGAACACGUAGCGAGUGCCAUCAUCCAAUUAAUCGAGAAGGGAAAGAAUGGUGCAAUUUUUGUCAGCGAGAACAAUUUACCCCCUUAUGCCAUUGAAUUUCCUAGUUAUACCACUCUGAAAGUCCCCAUAGAAUCAUUGCCAAAUAUGAUGGAGAACAUUAAGGACAAAACUGUUUUGGUCACCGGUGGUGCCUCCGGAAUCGGCUUUCAAUAUGCUAAAAAAUUGUUGGCGAAUGGAGCAAAAGUUGUCGCUAUACUCGAUCUGAGCACUUCACCCGGGCAAACCUCGGUGGCUAAUUUGGGAAAAGAAUUUGGAAAAGACAAAGCAGUGUUCUUCCCUUGCGAUGUGACGGACACUGUAAAAUUCGAAGAGACGUUUAAAAAUGUCUGGAACACACUUAAUGGGCUGGAUAUCGUAAUUAACAACGCUGGAACACUGAAUGAUAAAGACUGGCAACUAACUAUCAAGUUAAAUGUUGGUGGUGUGAUCCAGGGAUCGUUUCUCGCUAUCGAUUACAUGGGAAAACAUAAGGGUGGCAAGGGUGGUACUAUAGUUAACAUUGCAUCGGUCGUUGCUUUAACUACCUACCCAGCUGUUCAAGUAUAUUGUGCCUCCAAGCACAAUGUGAUGGCAUUCAGUCGUUGUUUACAAAAUUACUAUGAGAAAACUGGAGUGCGGGUACUGACGAUGUGCCCUGGUCUCACUGACACUCCUUUGGUCGCGACUGUCGGAAAGAUGGUACGCGAUUUCGUUGACCCAAACGAGGUUCAAAAACUAAUCAACAGCCUUCCUAUGCAACCAACAGAAAACGUAGCAAACGCUAUGGUACUUCUUAUCCAGAAAGGUAAAAAUGGAGAAAUUUGGGUCAGCGAGUGUAAUCAGAAACCUUACGCUGUUGAAUUUCCCGAUGAGAAAGAAGCAAUCAAAAGUAGAACCAUAUUGCAACGAGCGACUCACACAAAUACGAGAAGAUUGACGUACCCGAAGAACCAUGACGCGGAGGAGGUCGAAGAUCAUCACACAAAAAGAGGAUUAACUAUUGGAAAAAUGCAGAUCAAGGAUAAAAGAGCGAUUGUGACAGGAGCUGCCAGUGGUUUGGGUUUAACAAUCAGCAGAGAACUUCUUCGGAAUGGUGCCUCUACAAUCGCGAUGAUAGAUAUUCGCGAAUCCGCUGGGAAACAAGCGAUGGAAACUCUGAACGCGGAAUUCGGUCGCAAUCGGGCGAUUUUCUUUCGAUGCGACGUAACCAGCAAUUUCGAAUUCGAUGAUACGUUCAAGAAAGCCAUCAAUAUGCUCGGUGGCUUGGAGAUUCUAGUAAACAAUGCUGGCGUGAUCGACGAGACCGAUUUCACAAAAGCUAUAGACGUAAACGUGACCGCGGUGAUACGUGGAACGCUUCUAGGAAUACAACAAAUGCAAAAAGAUUCUGGAGGCAAAGGGGGUGUUAUCGUGAACAUUUCGUCUGUGGCUGGUCUGCAUUCUUUAUCACAAUUUCCAGUAUAUUCCGCCACGAAACAUGCAGUGGUUAGCUUUAGCCGUUCCUUUUCACAACCUUAUCAUUAUCAGAGGACAGGAGUAAGAAUAAUAGUAAUGUGUCCUGAACUGACUCAACCUGUAACAAUGGAAAAUUUAUCAAACAAUCUUCAAGAGGAAGAAAUUAUUCAAAGAUAUUGCGGAAGAGUGGACAGUAUCGCGCAUGGAGUAAUUUACGUGAUUAGGUGCGCACAAAACGGAAGCGUUUGGAUCAGCGAGGAUGGAAAGCCGGUUUACGAAAUCCAAUUAUCCGACAGUUUACCACAGAAACCUGACGAUCCCUUGAACGAAAACGAGAUUAAGAUGAACGUCGAUGAGAAUAAUAACAAUAGAAGCAGACGUUCUUCUUCGUCUGAGAAAGCAAAAGAGAUAGAAGCGAUAAAUGGACUGGUUUCAGAAAAGAACGUCCUCAUCACUGGUGGAGCCUCAGGAUUAGGGUGUGCUUUCCUCAAUCACUUUUUGAAACACGGUGCCAGCAAGAUAACUAUACUGGACAUCGACGCAGACGCUGGAAGAAAAGUGGAACUGAGUGUCAAAAAAUCGUACGGAGAAAAGGUGCACUUUAUACAUGUGGACGUGUCUGAUUACCAACAAAUGGCUGAGGCUUUUGAGAAAGCAGCCAAACUUAUGAACGACAUUGAUAUUGUUAUCAAUAAUGCUGGGAUUUUGGAUGAACGAAGAUGGGAAAGAGAAAUUGCAGUGAACAUUGGAGGGAUGGUGUCUACCGCUUUCCUUGCUGUUAAAUAUUUAAACAGAAACGAACUUGGACACGGUGGAACUCUGGUGAACGUUAGCCAGCACAUAGACAUCCGAUGCACAGCUCAACUUCCGGUUUACACGGCUACCAAGCACGCCAUCAUCGGUCUCUCGCAAUCUCUCGCGGAAUCUUAUCGAUAUGAGAAGACCGGUAUCCGAGUGAUAACGUUGUGCCCAGGUUUAACAGAGACCGCGCUCACAGUGGACAGUCCAAACAAGUUGCUCUCUCGGGUGAUGAAGGCGGAUUUCGUAAAAAAUCUCGAACAAUUAUCCAUACAAACACCGUACGUAGUGGCUCAAGGUUUGAUGUCGAUAUUGAGGAUCGGUGAGUCCGGUAGCAUAUGGGUGGUUGAAAACGGUCGAAGUCCGUACGAAGUUUACGUGCCGAAUCCUCGUACUUUGCGCCGCACUUACAAGAACAAUUUCACGCUUGUCGAGAGCAAAGUGACGGCAAGAGGUCGUCCGAUAAGAGAGGUCUGCGACAACACGAGGACAGGUCUGAUGAGCUGCGCUUGACACGAGAACGUCGCUUCUCUUCGACCGUGAUCUGCCGUAUUCUUCAGGAAUCAUCAGAAAUGAUUCGGACCAGCUGCGCGUUCCAAUUCCCUUGAUGAACGAUCGAGGGAAUUGGAAAAUGUUGCGGAGGGAUGUUGAGUAAGAUUUGUACUUGUUCGAUCAAAUCUAAAAGAAGUUGAAGGAAAUGAAAAAGAUUCAAGCUACGCGUUGCUUGAUUUUUUUCUUCUCAGUCAUUGAUACAAUGUUAAGUAUUUAUACACGCGUAUACGCAACGCAUCGCAUUUUUGUACAUAGAUGAAUCGACGCCACCAUAUUAUUCUUUUUCUCUCUUUUCUUUUUAAGUUUACUUAGCAUUUAAUUCGACAAUAAUGAUAUGACUUUUUUUUAUGCGAUCAAGUCUCUUUUUAAUUACUUGUUCGAACCCUCUUUUUCUUGGAGCAUUGACGAUUUACAAAAACAAUUUUUAUUGAUAAUUGACGAAUACUUUCGAAUACUUUUUUCUCCUUCCUUGUUCUUUUUUUCUUUUUCGCAAAGCAAUUGGUGGGCUUAAGGAGUAUACAACAAACGUUAUUUUAUUAUUUCAAUAUUAUUCAGUAAUGGGAAUCACAAUAUCCGUUGUACAAAACAAAAAUUUAUUAUCGGAAAACCGCAUACACCGUGUGCUUUCUUUCCACGCGCUAUGCAUAAAACUUAAAAGUUAUAUUUCUUCUUUUUCCCCCAUAUUCCUUUCUAGUUAACUUAUCUUUAUACGCUUUAUAUUUUUUUUUUUU